AUGACUGCAGCCAAGCUAGCAGGAAUACCUAUAGAUGCCAACAUCAAGCUUACAUCAAAGCAGUAUGAUGAACAUGUAAAUAAGGAGCAAGCAGAAUCACAUGAUCCCCUUAUAGACCAGGCAGCAUAUCAAAAACUUAUAGGUAAGCUUUUGUACCUAAAUAUGCCAAGGCCAGAUAUAGCUUUCAGUACCCAAACAUUAAGCCAGUUCCUGAAUCAGCCAAAGAAAUCCCACAUGGAUGCAGCACUAAGAGUAGUCAGAUAUUUGAAAAAGCAACCUCAACAAGGUAUACUAUUAUCCAGUAAACCAAACAACCAAAUUACAGCAUUUUGUGAUGCAGACUGGGCAGCUUGUGCACUCACCAGAAAAUCAGUCACAGGCUACUUGAUCAAGAUGGGAAAUUCAUUAAUAUCAUGA